GCCAUUUGCAUCAAUAAUUAAUGUAUUCCUCUAGAAUCCUGUUCUAAUUCAGACAGGAAUGUUCAUUUUCCAUUAUAAAAAGGAGUUCUGGAUAGAGGGAAAUCAGUUCUUGCUUUCUAUCGAACUGUGAGCAUCACCAUGUCUAUCAAAUUCAUCGCUUUCUUCGCCUUCGUAGCUGUUGCCUCAGCAGCGGUGUUGCCAAAUGGUCAGCUCAUCGCUGAACCCGAGGCUCCAGCCCACUACAACUUCGAAUACCAGGUCAACGACCCAACCACUGGUGAUGAAAAACACCAAGAGGAAAGUCGUGAAGGAGAUUUAGUUCGUGGUAGCUACUCUUUGGUUGAAUCCGACGGUACCAGGCGUAUUGUAGAAUACACUGCUGAUGCCGAAAAUGGUUUCCAAGCUGUCGUACACAAAGAACCAGCUGGCGCUCCUCUCCCCGCUCCAUCUCCAGUUGUAGCAAAGGUUGUUAAGCCAGUUGUUGCCCCAGUACCAGUACAUGCUGUGGCUCCAGUCCAUGCCAUCGCUCCUAUUGCCACCGCUCCUUUGGUCACCAAAGUAGCUGCUGUUCCAACCGCAAGAGCCUACAACCCAUACAACCAAUACUACUCUGGAUUCGCUCAACCCUAUGCUGGAUACGUGCACCCAUCUUCAGCAUACUACCAACCAUACAGCCCAUACGUUAACCGAUACAACAACGUUUACAACUACUAGAUUAAUGUUUCUGUUUCUGUUGAUACCUGAUUAAAUUUUUUUCGUAUUA